AUGAAAAACGCCGUGGACGUAAUAUUUGGAGGUCUUGGUUACUGGAUGUUUGGCUAUGGAAUGAGCUUUGGAGAAGGUGUAGGUACAAACCCUUUCAUCGGAGUAGGGUCGUAUUUUGUCGACGCUGAUGAAAAGGAGAUGGGAGCCGUUUUCGCUACUUACAUAUUCCAGUUGUCCUUUGCUACCACUGCGACAACCAUCGUCUCUGGAGCCAUAGCGGAACGUUGCAACUUCGUGGCAUACUGUAUCUUUUCUUUUUGCAACACGGUUGUGUUCUGUUUACCGGCCGGUUGGAUAUGGGGCAAACAUGGAUUUUUAAGGAAGCUAAAUGUAGUGGACAUCGCCGGCUGUGCUCCAGUACACCUUGUAGGGGGUUCCUCGUCCCUGAUGGCAGCCAUUAUGUUGAAAGCUCGAACAGGGCGCUUUGACCACAACAAGGAACCUCCUCCUAUGGGUUCCCCAACAAACGCACUGAUUGGAAUGUUCAUGCUCUG